CAUUUCUGUUGUUCCCACAUGCAGAGCAAGUAGCUUCAGGGCAGCUGGGGCAGCUACUGUUGCUUUGACACACUGAAAUGGCUUGUGGAGUUUUUUGGGGGAUCCUGCUGAUUUGCUUCGUUCAAGCAGAGCAUGUUUGCUGUUUAUGGGCUCCACAGGCACAGAACUCACAGAAACAAAACAGCAACAUAUAUGUUGGCUUAUCACAACAGAAUAGCAGACUAAGAACACUUGGUGGCAGUUCUUCCCAGAACCAAUUCAGACAGGCCUCUGUAUAUCCGGCCUCAGUCCACAGCAGUAGCCUCAACACACAGACUGCAGUCAACAGUGGUUACAGUCAUGGACUUUCUGCUAGCAGAUACACACAAACUGCUUCACAGCCAGCCCAAAGUUCAGUGAGAUUAGUGCAGAGCAACUCGGUGUUGAAACCGAACUGGCAAACGACAAACUCGAAAUGGAUUAAUGCUCAGAAUGUGCCAAAGAAUGCAUUUGAAUUUUCUACUGCUAUUGCAAGUGGCAGUUCUGUUAAGUACAAAAAGAAUCAGAAAACCCUUAGUGAUUUCAACAAGAAAAUAAGUUUGCCAGUUCAGCAGGGCACACAGCGCACUGGGUAUCUAUCCAGCAGCUCUGCAUCUGUUCAAAGUCCUUCUAGGCAAAGCUAUUCUUUUCUUAAUUCAGCCUCUCACCAGUCUGUGGCGCAGAAGCGUCCCAGUGCUGCCUACUAUAGACAAGGAGGCUCAUCUUUCAGACAGUCUAAUGCAGUGGCUCCUGAGCCACAUGGAGAACCUGUACGGGUGCAAACUUCAUUUACAGCCCCUGCUAGAAGAGUGCCUUAUCAUAGACCUGACUCCUCUAAACCCUUCUCAUCUCUUCAGACUGGUAGAAUUGGUAAUUACCCCAGCCAGGCUAAGGCCGGGAAGCCAUUCAAGAGUGAAGGGUUUCCUGUGAUUAUCAGGAACAUCCAGGGGCACUACCAACCAUCUUCUAUUUCCAACGUGGUGUCACACCACCCAAGUUAUAGUCGGUCAAACCUGCCCAAGCCAAAUCUUCCUGUUGCCUCCCAGCAUGGCAAUGUAAGGAUCCCCACAGGUCAGACACUGAAGUACAGACCCAGUUACAAUUUCAGGGAGCAGAACCCUAGCAGCACAAACACUUUCCAGUCACAGUGGAGCAGCAGGAACUCAGCCCAGGGUGCUCAUACCUUCCUUGGGUCUGGGAGCAAAGGUGGAAGCUCUCCUCAGCGCUUCCACCCAACCAGAAUCUACAACAUCCCUGAACGCUUCGGUGGCCACGCUAUCAGACGGCUGAAGGAGCCUGCCGACGAGGAGGAGGUGGCUGUCCAGAAACCCCCCACGAACCCCACACAGCGCCCCCCCACAUACCCCCCACAGCGGCCCGCCACGCUUCCUCCAAAGGAGAUAGCGUCUUACAAGCCAAAGGCCCCGAGCAUUCAUCCGGAGAGCAAAUGGAUGAGGUUCCGGCCACCUUCAACACUAACAGGUGCAGACAUGCUUGGAUGAAGUUUUGUGAGGAACAGCAUUUUGAAAUAAAGUUAGUGAUUUAA